AAAGCCUUCACUCCUGCUCAGACAGCAGAAAGAACCUCUAACACAGGUCUGUAGCCGCAAAUGUUAUGUUCACUUCCAUCUAUCACACAAAAACACAAUUCUUUUGGGAGGUGAAUAAUCUGUUUUAUAUAAGCUUAGCACUUACACCCUAAAAUGUAUCGUAAGAGAAUUCACCAAACUGAGCCCACCACAUAUGACUCACAGCUCUGCACUGUCCCCUGCAACAAAGCAUAAAGUUAAACUUUUUGCAUAAUAAAUGAUAAGUGGUUAAGAUUUGAAUCAUGAAAUACAUUUUGGACUGUAACUGUUGUCAUCAGACCAUGAGACAAGCCACAGAUAGUGUGUAAGCAAGAGAGGAAGUGUGAAUGGAGUUAUUUCAACAUUGCUCUUACAGUAAAGUGGGAGGGUGUAAAGGGGAGCUUAAAUGCGUUUUGCUGUGUCUCCCACUUGUUGCCGUCUACCUUGACUGAUCGGCGGUCAGGUUCUGCAUCAGUGUGAUAAAAAUUAACAUUAGCCACAGUUCGAUUUUCUUGCUUGCAGUUGCUGAGUGCAGACAGGUGCAUCUCUGACGGCCUCCAAAGGUGUGAUAUAUCUCAAGGUUUCUAUAUCUGAGUCUGUUCUGUAUCUGACUACUCGUGAGCCAUCACUACUUGAACCAACCGCAAACAGAGCACUGUAGGUAUGUCCAAGCAUCCCUCUGUGUUUGUGGUGGACAGCCACGCCACGAGGCCUCCAUUACCACCCAGGGUGGGACAGAAGAAACAGCGCGCCGGGGCAGCACAGACCCUGAUGUUCAUGCUGGUGAGCCUGGCGUUGUGUGGCAUGGCCAUAGAAGCCUGCCUCAUCUACCGUCUCUACCAACUUGAAUCUGCUGACUCAGCAUCAUCCUCUAAGAUCAUCAGCGGUGAUGAUGCUCCCACUAUAUGGCCCAGGUACGGUAUUUCUCCAUCCAAACCAGUUGCACAUCUGACAGGUGGAGAUGAUGUAGUUCAUAAACAAGAGACCAUGGCAUGGAGUAUGAUUGCAGACCCUCUCCUCUAUGAAAUGACCUACAAAGAUGGCGGUCUUAUCAUUCAGAAGGAGGGUUAUUACUAUGUCUAUUCAAAGAUUCUCUUCAAAGACAAUGGUAACUUUCACCAUACCGUCACCAGGCAUACUAUAAGGUACGCAGGGGGAAGCAUCCCCCUCCUGCAGUCCAGGAUAUACUCCUCAAAUUCGAAGCGAUCCAACAGUUACCUGGGUGGAGUGUUUCACCUCUACAAAGAUGACACUCUUUAUGUGAUAGUCAGCAACACCACAAGGAUUGAUCGUAACAAAGCCUAUGAGAACAUCUUUGGUGUAUAUAUGAUCUAAACAUCACAUUGAUCAUUAUCACCAUCAUUGUGAAUCUGAAAGUUUGGAAUAAGAUUAAAUAGUGGAUAAGACAUGUCAUAGAAUCUUCUCAGGGAUUAAUAAUAAUAAUAAUAAUAAUAAUGUAAGAGCAGGUCCAUAACCAGGAAGAGAAGUGUGGUGUAACAAAUCAGGCGCUUUUUAUAUGCUCACUUGUAUAUUCACAUAGAUCAGUUUUUCUCAUUUUGUAUUGCUACUGAGUAUAAGCAUAAGCAUCAUGCUAAAAUCAAAAACAUAAUGUAACCUUACACAUUUCUUUUCAUUCUUGCUUUAAUACAUACUGCACAUUAUUUAUUUAUUCCUUUAGUGACAAGACUGCUUUAAUUCUGCUGUAUUUAUGUACAAAUAAUCUGCACAAUAUAAAAAAAAAUAAACAGACAAUGAUUGA